AUGCUCGUCUCUUUUUAUCCUUUCUCUUUUUCUUUCUCCUUUUUGUUUUACUUUAACUUUCACCCUUUUCUUCUUCAUCCUUCCUCUCCUUUUUAUUCGUAUUCCUUUCUCUCCUUUUUUACUCCUUUUCCAUUACUUUUCCGCCUUCUCUUUUAUAUGUUCCCUUAUUCCUUUACAUUUUUUAAAAUAGUUUUCUUAAUUCAAUUCUUCUCUUCAUUUUCUGUAUUUUUCUUUUCUCGUUUUCUUCCCCUUAUUUUCAUUUUCUACUUUAUCCGCUUUCGUUUAUUUUCUAUUUUCUAUUUUUGCCUCUUCCUGUGUCCUCUUUUUCCUUUAAUUUUACUUUUAAUUUUCAACGUUCUUUUUCACCCUUUUCUUUUUACUUUUCCGCAUCUUUCCCUUUCGUUUCUCUUUUCCUUCUCUUUCUUUUUCAAUACUUUUCCUACUCUGUUCAUUUCUUUUUUUUUUAAUAUCUUCAUUUCCCACCUUUUUUUUUUUUAUCCAUUUUCGUUUUCUGUUUUCUUCAUUUUCUAUUCUAUUUUACCAUUUAUCUUUUCUUUCUACUCUUUUGUUUUUUUCUUCUUUCUGUUCAUUUUCUGUUUCUAUUUUUAUUUUCUUCACUUUUCCUUCUUUAUCUUUAUUUUAUGUUCCCUCUCUCGUUAUGUUUUCCUUUUCUUUCUUCAUUCUUUUUAUCUUCCUUUUCUUUCAAUUAUUUAUACAUCUUCUCUUUUUCUUCCUUUUUUCUUCCUUUCCUUCUUUUUUCUUCUCCUUCAUAAUAUUUCUUCUUUUCUUACCUUUUUUCUUUUUUUUUUCGUUUUCUGCCCCUCUUCCUUCCCAUUUUCAUUUCUUUCCGCCUUUAUUAUCCUUUUCUUUUUGUUUUUUCUUUCAUCCUUUAUUUCAUUAAUAUUCGUCUUUUUUCAUUCAUAUUCCUUCCCUAUUUCUCAGUACAGCAAUACAUUCUUUUUCUUUCUUUGCCAAUGUUCUUAUUUUCUUUACUACUUCUAUUUUUUAUUGCCAGUUUCUCUUGUUUUUUUCUUUCACCCCUUAUUCACUGCUGUUGUUCUUUCGUUUUCAUUCAUUUUCAUUCAUUUUCAUUCCCUAUUUCUCAAUAUAGUAAUUCUAUCUUUCUUCCUUCCUUUCUUUUUCUUUCAUUUUACUUAUCAUUGCAUCACCUUAUCUGAAGACAAUAUUCCUGUCUCUUUCUUUCUUUCUUUAGUUCGUUUCAUUGUAUUUUUCUUUGUCUAUUACUUUUCAUUUUUUUUCCUUUUUAUUUUUUUUUCAUCUCACUAUAUAGUCUUUCUUUCAUUCUUUUCUUCUGAUUAUUGUAAGUUGGUCGUUUCUUUCUUUUUUCCCCCCUUUAACAACUACAACCUUCUUUUUUUCUUACUUUUCCUUCUUUGUUUCUUACCCCUCUGUCCCAUCCAUUGUCACUUACAUCAUCAUUUUUUUCUCACACUUACUCUCUUGAAUUCUUUAGUCUCUUUUUCUUAUCCUUAUUUAGAUUUAUUCGUACUAAAAUAUUCUUUCUAUGUGUCUUACUACCCUCUUGUACUCCACUCAACACUCUCUACUUUUUUCUUGCUUUUUCUUUCUUUCGUAUAUGUUUCCCGCCAUUUCCCAUCUAACAGUCUAUCUCUUGCAAGCAUCAUACGCCAUCACCACCACUACCACGUCUUACCCCUGUCUUUAUCUUUCACACCAUCUUUUUUUCCCGUCAUAACCCAACCGGCACUCCCCCCCCACCUACAACCAGCCGCUUGCUUACGUUUUUCCUCCUCCUUUCAUUGCACUGCGAAUUCGCCUCAUCCCACUCUCUAUGUUUCCCGCGCUAACGUAUGCACGCGCGUUCGCGCAGCCAGACUGAGACAUGCGCAAACCUAUGGCACGCACACACGCAUGCGUAGUCGCUUUCUAACCAUUUUCAUUUGCCGACUUUGUUUCUUUAUUAAUUUCCUUCUUUCUCUUCCUCAACGCAAUAUGGAGUUUUUAACUUUCGAUCCUUUGUCUUCCAACCGCCUUUCUUUCUUUCUUUCUAUCUUUCUUUCUUUCUUUCUUUCUUUCUUUCUUUACUCUCUGUCUGCCUAUACCUGUGUCUGUCGAUAUAGCAUAGGUAAAUAUUCAUGUACAGAUAUUUUCUCCUUUGUUCACUCUGAACGGAUUGCUUGUUUAUUUCUCAGUGCAUUUCUCCUUUUUUCUUUCUCAAUUAUUCUUUGUUUUGCCCGUUUAUUCAUUCCAUGCUUCAUUCAUUCAUUCUUUUCAUUCAUUCUUUCAUUCUUUCAUUCAUUCUUUCUUUCUUUUUUACACGUUUUCACUUUUCUACCUUCUUUUUUUCGCCGUCUUUUUCCAUUUUGUUCUAAAUUUCUUGUUUUGUUCCAUUCUUCAUUCACCCACCUUUUUUUUUUCUUUUCUUCUUAUUACCUUUCCACUUUUACCUUCUUUUUGCACCUUCCAUUUCCCUUUCAUCCUAUUUUACUUCCUUCUCCAUUUAUCAACUCUCUUUCUUUCUUUCUUUCUUUUUCUAUCUAUCUUUCUUUCUUUCUUUUUUCUUUCUUUUUUCUUUCUUUUUUCUUUCUAUCUUUCUUUCUUUUUUCUUUCUAUCUUUCUUUCUUUUUUCUUUCUUUCUUUUUUAUACCCUUUAACUUUUCUACCUUCUUUUUGCCGCCUUUUCUCGUUUUUGUUAUAUAUUUCUUGUUCUCUUCUUUCACCCACUUCCUUUCUUUUUUCUUCCUAUUUUCAUUCCACGCAUUAUUCUUUCUUUCUAAAUUUAUUUUCGUCUCUAUCAUUCAUCUCAAUUUCUACAAAUUUCAUUCGAAACCAUACUCAUUCACUCCACUUCUUCUCUUUCUAACCUUUCUCACUUUCUCCUCCUACUACUUCUAA